ACUAUUUACGUAGAUCAUCAUUUUACUUUCGUUUCUACACUUCCGUAUUGUGUAUCUGGCCUGUAACACGGUAACACACUCAACAGAAUAUACCCGCAGCUCUGUAUCUGAUAUACGGUGUGUAUUAUAAGAAUUACGGUAGAGACUGGAGAACACGGGGACCCAGAUACAGAGAGAGCCGUUGGCUGUCCCAGCAUGCUGGGAGUUGUAGUUUUGCGACAUCUGGCAGUCCAGGAUUUGGAGACCACUGAUGUAGACUUUAGAGGAAACCCGUCAUUACUUUCAUGCUGCUCGAAUCGCGAGUCAUCGGGGACGGUCCCUGGUUGCUUCUCCCCGCCUCAACAGCUGUCCAGACAUGCUGGACAAGCCAAUAAGAUGCCGGCAUUUUCUCCUCGUUGCGGUCUUAUUAUUGCAGACUCCAGGAAACUGGUCCCUUUACAGGGGAUCUCGGUUGAUGUCCAGGUGAAAGGCUUUGUGGCUGAUGUGUCUGCAACACUCAAGUACAAGAAUGAGGAGGAGAAGGCGGUGGAGGCCAUCUUUGUGUUCCCCAUGGAUCAGGACUCUGCUGUCUAUGCGUUUAAGGCCAAAGUGGAGGGGAAGACCAUCAUAGCCGAUCUCCAGGAAAAGAAACAGGCUCACCAGACCUAUGAUGAUGCUAUAUGUCAGGGCCAGCAGGCAUUUCUCCUGGAGGAGAAUGAGGAUUCCUCUGAUAUUUUCACCUGCAGUGUCGGUAACCUGUCCCCCAGUCAAGUGGCCGAGGUCACUAUAAAGUAUGUGCAGGAGCUUCCGGUGGAGGCAGAUGAGGCUGUGCGGUUUGUGCUUCCCGCUGUUCUAAACCCCAGGUAUACGCCAACAGACUAUACUGUGAGUGUGACAGCCACCCGUCCACAGGUGCCUAUUGGAGAAAUCCCGUACACCCUGAGUCUGAGCGCUCACUUCCACUCUGCAUAUGGCAUCGCCAAGAUAGAGUCCAACUGUGAUAUCAGCCCUGUGGAGUACAGUGAUGAAGGCAAGACCUCCGCCAAGCUGUCCUUGGCAGAGGGACACAAGUUUGAUCGAGAUGUGGAGAUACUCAUAUACUAUAUGGAAGUGUGCAGACCCUCCGUGGCUGUGGAGGCGGGGCUUAAUUUGGGUCUGGCUGAACCAGACUCGUUUAUGGCCGACCCUGUUGUCAUGUUGAGUUUGUUUCCCCGUUUCUCAACUCAGCAGGAAGAGGCGACGGAUGGAGAGUUUAUCUUCCUUAUAGACCUGUCUGGAAGCAUGAACUGUCCCAUGAAUUCUGAGCCCAAUGCUCCCCUGCGUAUACAGAGUGCCAAGGAAACUUUGAUCAUUCUGCUCAAGAGUUUGCCCCUUGGAUGUUUCUUCAAUAUCUUUGGAUUUGGGUCCCACUUUGCCUCCUUCUUCAAGGAGAGCCUGGAGUACGCACAGGAGUCUAUGGAAAAAGCUAUUCAGAAGGUUAAUGGAAUGAAUGCCAACUUUGGGGGGACCGAAAUCCUUCUCCCUUUGAGGGAAAUCUAUUCAACUGGAAAAUCUGAGCGCCCCAGACAAGUCUUCAUCUUUACAGACGGAGAAGUUGGGAACACAAAGGAAGUGAUCGGGGAAGUUGGGAAAAACUCUCACAAUCAUCGGUGUUUCACAUUUGGCAUCGGCGAAGGCGCCUCCACGUCUCUCAUUAAGGGCAUGGCGCGGGCAGGGGGCGGAGCUUAUGACUUCAUCACCGGGAAGGACAGAAUGCAGAGCAAGGUUCUUAAGGCACUGAGGUGCGCGCUGCAGCCGAGUGUGACGGAAGUCUCCCUAACAUGGAAUCUUCCUACGGGUCUGGAAGCCUCCAUCCUGUCCAGAGUCCCCACCUCCAUCUUCCAGGGUCAGAGGUCCAUUAUUUAUUCCCAGCUGAAGGGAAAGAUGGUGGAAGCAUCAGAGGCGGGCCAGGUCUCCCUGCAGUACAAGCUCAGAGGCGAACUCAUGGUUAACACCUAUAGCUUUCCACUAAAUCUCAAGAACGUUCACAGACCCACCAUCCAUAGACUGGCAGCUAAAUCUCUGAUCUCUAAGCUGGAGUAUGGAGUGGACUCAGGCUCCGAGCAGGUGAAGAAGAGAAUCCUAGAGACCAGUCUACAGUCUGGAGUCAUCUCCUCACUUACAGCUUUUGUAGCUGUCAACAAAGAUACUAAGAAUCCCGUAGAGUGUCCUCCUGUCCGUCGGGACCUCCCCGCUCCAGCUUUUGGAUUCAUGGGCUCCUCAUGGGGGACUGGAACACUUUUUGGAAGUGCGGCCUCUUCAGGUGCAGGAACCUUUGCAUUUGGAGGUGCUCCCCCUUCUGGAACACUUUUUGGAAUUGCAGCCUCCACAGGAGCAGGAACCUUUGCAUUUGGAGGUAACCCCCCUUCUGCAACACUUUUUGGAAGUGCGCGCUCUACAGAUGCAGGAACCCCUGUAUUUGGGAGUGCGCCCUCGUCAGGAACCUUAGCAUUUGGAAGUGCCUCUACUUCAGGAACCCCUUUAUUUGGGAGUGCGCCCUCGUCAGGUAGGGUUUAUAAGCAGAUCUUUCAGCCCAUUAGACAUUUGGUAAUAUUUAUCUAUAACAUAAUAUCUAUUUUCUUUCCAGGAACCUUAGCAUUUGGAAGUGCCUCUACUUCAGGAACCCCUGUAUUUGGGACUGCACCCUCGUCAGGAACCUUAGCAUUUGGAAGUGCCUCUACUUCAGGAAUCCCAGUAUUUGGGAGUGUGCCCUCGUCAGGAACCUUAGCAUUUGGAAGUACCUCUACUUCAGGAACCCCUGUAUUUGGGACUGCGCCCUCAUCAGGAACCUUAGCAUUUGGAAGUGCUUCUACUUCAGCAGGAACCCCUGUAUUUGGUAGUGCACCCUCGUCAGGAACUUUAGCAUUUGGAAGUGCCUCUACUUCAGGAAUCCCAGUAUUUGGGACUGCACCCUCGUCAGGAACUUUAGCAUUUGGAAGUGCCUCUACUUCAGGAAUCCCUGUAUUUGGGAGUUCGCCAUCGUCAGGAACCUUAGCAUUUGGAAGUGCACCGACUUUAGGAGUCUUUGGGUUUGGCAGUGUGCCCACAUCAGGAGCCUUUUCAUUCGGAAGUGUGCCCCCCAUAGCCCACCAUCCUGCCCUGGCGGAGACGUCUCCAAGUAUGAAGCUGAUUUUGCUGCAAAAAGCCGAUGGUUCCUGGAGCCCAAGCCCUGAAUUAGCCGCAGUCUUGGGAAUAUCGGAGGGAGACUUCGUGGACAAGAAACCUGAUCAGGGAAUGGACUCCUCAGUGUGGGCGACACUUCUGGCUGUCCUCUGGCUUCAUAGUAACUGUGUGGAGCAGAAGGAUGAGUGGGAGUUAUUGUCCAGCAAGGCAGCGACCUGGCUAAAGUCCAGAGCAGGUCCCUGUCUGAGCCAAUGGGUCAGGGCUGGGAUCCAGUUACUGAAAACGAUGGUGGAUCUCACCGAUUUUGGCUUCUUAGAGUGAUGAUGCAAUCGAGAAUGCAGAGCUCAUGGCCAUGUUUCAGUGACAUGAAGGAUGGGUUAAGCCAUGAUGGUUGGCAUGACGUUUGGUGAACUGGUACCCAUCCUUGGGGCAAUUGCAGAGCAAAUCCCUCAAAUACAUUUUAUAAAAUCCCUCAGGUUUUUUUUUUUCUCGAUACCAAAAAAGGAGAGGAAAUAAUAUUCCUCGAAGAUUUCCUGCAGCUCAUCAGCAGAUGAAGGACCUCCUGUCGUAUGCAAGAAGUGGAUGGCACACAACAUGGAUGCAACCACUAAGGAUCUGGUUAUGGUUUUCUCAAAGCAGGCUAUUAAAUACAAAGAGAGACACCCUGGUUGGGAAACGCCGAUAUAGUAUAUUGCACUUAUCCAUCCAUAUACACAAGUGUGUGCUGAAGGUACAUGUAAAUAAGGCUAUUGUACACAACAGGAUCUGUUUAGAGUCUAUUACUUGAAGUCCAUGUGGACCAUGUGGAGACCUCUUCAGAACACCUCUUCAGGUACAAUUAGUCUGCAGCCUACAAGGUGAAUACUGGCACAAGAAUCCCAAAAGGACCUGGGCAAAUGGUUGUCCCAAUAAAAAGAACCUUCUUAGCACCAUGUCCCCAUGGCGGUGGAGGCCCUCGGGCUUCAGACUUUAGUGUGGACUUUGCAGCCUUCCAGUGAUUCAGAGACAUCUGCUAAAACGUAAAAACUAAAAAUUGUGUUGACAAUAAACCAAAGGUUAAUCUCACUGGACAGCCUUCCCGCCUCCUGGACGGAACGGGGUAACACCACCUGAAUACUUGUGAUAAAGAGUCCAGCACGAUAUUGUACAAUUAAAAUCUUAGAUGUUUAUUUCAGCAAAAAACAUACAGGAUACAAGGUGGAACAGAAGUAAUGUGUUUGAGGUGCAUACAGCACCCUUACUCAUACUAUAUUGCACAUACCCAUCGGGCUGCAUGUUUACCUCGGCACUCUACUAAUUAUUACUGCCCUCCACCUCUUACCAUCGUUCUCCACUUUCCAUCUCUGCUCUGUCUUUUAUAUGUUCUCGUGACCAUCCUGUGUCUCACGUCUGUAGCUGUGACUGUGAUGUCUAAGCAACCGGCUGGGUCUAUACACAUGACAUGUGCAGUGAGCAAUUUCUGGGUUAUAAAUAGUUGGGAAUAUUGCACCUGCCGAGCCCGGUCUUAUAUUUGAUGCAACAUCUAGUUAUAGAUCUCCAUGGAUUAACUCCUUAUUGAUUUCUUGGAGAGCAUAAGUAAGCUAUUUGAUAGAAUUUCACACUUAAAAAUAUGG